CUCACUCGCAUCGUGCAACAUCCUCAAACUUAAAUCUCCCAGAUUCCACAAAACAAUAAUCAAAUCAAAUCUCUCAAAUCCCCCACAUGUAAUUCGCACUCACUCGUCACGCAAACACUCCAUGCUCAUCAUUUGAGCUUAUUGGUCACGCACCUUGACACUCUCCCAAGUCUUCUCUGCUGGGCGUCAUCCUAUUCUUCUCUCCCGAAUUUCUUGGCGUAAUUCAAGCUCUCAAGGAUCCAAAGUCUUCAUCAGUUCAGCAGCCUUCACUUUCAAAGUUCAAACUCAUAUGGUAUGUUUUACUUUUUUUCACCAGUCAACCAAAACCAUACCAAUCCGAGAUCUUUGUUUAGGUUCUUGACACAGUCUUUGUUUGGAAAAAGACCCAUGUGCUAGAAGUUGAUUUUGGGCUGCUCUAGUAUUAGUUUCAGAUCCAUUUAUACUUUGUUUUGAAGAGAACUAAGAGAUUCAGAUUCCGACAUGUUUGGAUUCGAGUCAACUCUACCGUUUGUGUUGCAAGAUUCAGUUUUGAACUAGGUUGCAGAGGUUUGAGGAUUGGAGUUACUCUGUCGAAAUCAGCAUACAGGUUGGGUUUUGGUGUGUGUUUUAUUGUGUUGUGAUUCAAGAUGCAAGUGAUGCAAUCAAGGGUUGUGCCAUUGGAGGAAGGCAAGGACCCGGGAGUUACUACUAGCAGGACAAGCCCAACCAAGGCAUUGCCGAUUCGGCUGCUUCAGUUAUUUGUUCUGUUUCUGGCUUUCUGUAUUACUUUCUCAGUGAUUAGUAUAUACACCAUUCGGCAUUUUGGGAUUAGUAAUGUGAUGACUUCAGUCACGUCCUCCAUCCAGCCAUGUUUUGAGGAACCAAUUGGCUUGGAUAGAUGGAUUAAGCCGCCGUCGAAUUUGAUGCACACGAUGAAUGACAAAGAACUGUUGUGGAGGGCUUCUUUGACGCCUAGGAGAAAGGACUAUCCUUUUGAGAGAGUUCCGAAGAUUGCGCUUAUGUUCUUGACUAAGGGACCUUUGCCUCUGGCACCAAUUUGGGAGAGGUUUCUGAGGGGGCAUCAAGGACUUUAUUCAAUCUAUGUUCAUUCAUUGCCAUCAUUUCAACCCCAUUUCCCAGCUUCGUCUGUUUUUCAUAAGAGACAUAUUCCUAGCCAGGUGGCUGAAUGGGGAAGGAUGAGUAUGUGUGAUGCUGAGAGGAGACUUCUUGCUAAUGCAUUGCUUGAUAUAUCCAAUGAAUGGUUCAUUCUUCUUUCUGAAUCAUGCAUUCCCCUCUAUAACUUCACUGUGGUUUAUGAGUACAUGAGGAAGUCCAAGUACAGCUACAUGGGUGCUUUUGAUGACCAUGGCCCGUUUGGCAGAGGACGCUACAAUGAUAACAUGGCUCCUGAAGUGAACAUUACCCAGUGGCGUAAGGGAUCCCAGUGGUUUGAAGUUAACCGGAAGCUUGCUAUCACCAUUGUCGAAGACACAAAAUUUUACCCAAAAUUUAAAGAGUUCUGCAGACCAGCGUGUUAUGUGGACGAGCACUACUUCCCCACCAUGCUAACCAUUCAAGCAGGAAGUAUGAUAGCAAACAGAAGCAUCACUUGGGUGGAUUGGUCAAGGGGCGGACCUCACCCUGCUACCUUCGGCAGAGGAGAUAUCACUGAGGAUUUCAUGAAGCGGAUGCUCGGGAGUCAUCGCUGCACUUACAACAACCAAAACUCUACAAUGUGCUUUCUCUUUGCAAGAAAAUUUGCUCCCAGUACCUUGGAACCUCUCUUACGUUUAGCACCAAAGUUUUUGGGCUUCUAACAUAUACACAGCCAAAAUCAACAUCUCCAGCCUAUGGGUGAACAAGCUGACACCGAAAUCUUACCCUCUGCUGUGAUAUUUACUAGUUGGGUUUCACUUUCAUACACAUAUAUACACCUUUGGCAAAUUUCACUGUCCAGAACAGUAUUAUAUGUACAGAUAAGUAGCACCCAAUUCAGAAAUACUCAAGCUUCACAUUUUUGUACUGAAUUUAGAAUAAUAUACAUCAUUAUUGAGUGUGAUUCUAUGUUUUUAACUCUGUUUUCCUCGUGUAAUGUUUACCGCGCAGUAAAUAAAAACUCAGUCACCUUUUCUUCCACC